AUGACUACAACAAGCGUUACAAACAAGGAAAUCAAGCGCAAGAUGAAACGUUCCAAGGCAAAGCAUGAUGCUGUGGAAUCGCCCGUUGUCUCCAUUGGACAUGCCACAUCCGUCACAUCAAGAUCACUCGCGUUCGCCGUGGCACCGCCCAAGUUGCAGUCACCAAGUCCCAAUGCACGAGGACCAAAGCCAUCUCCAGCAAGCAGAUACGACAGUUCAUUGGGACUACUGACGAAGAGGUUUGUAGAGUUAAUUCAAUCUGCUCCAUCAAAGGACUUGGAUCUAAAUACGGCAGCGGAAUCACUUGGUGUUCAGAAAAGACGUAUAUAUGAUAUUACAAAUGUGUUAGAAGGCAUUGGCCUUAUUGAAAAGACGUCCAAAAAUAAUAUUCACUGGAAAGGUGCUAACGGACCUAGAGGUACAACUGAUCGCUGUCAAGCAAUGGAUUAUUUACGACAAAGCAUUUCAGAUCUUAGGCAAGCGGAGUUCAAGUACGACCAGCAUAUCAAGAUGGUGAGUCAGAACAUUCAACGUCUGUAUGAAGAAGAAGCGUUCGACAAAGGCAGUCUCGAUAACUUAUGCUAUAUCACACACGACGAUAUGAGACGGCAAGAGAGCUUUGCAGACCAAAGCGUGAUGGCGAUCAAGGCCCCACCUGGUACAACACUUGAAGUGCCUGAUCCCGACGAAGGUAUGCCCGCAGGAAAACGCCGAUAUCAGGUUUUCCUCAAAUCGACAGAUGGACCUGUGGAUGUGUAUUUAGUUCGACGAAAGACUGACGAAAAGGAGACAGAAGACACCUACAGUUCAGCAAAGGAAGCCGAAGAGUUUGCAGUUCAUGAUAGCCCUGUACCUCCUAUGGACCAAAGAUCAUACGACUCGGACAGCGGGAUCUUCAAGCUCGCACCGCUAAAGACUGAUCCAGAUUUCUGCUUCAAUCUGGAUGAUAACGAAGGCAUCUCGGACUUUUUUGCGGAUAUUCCGUAA